AAUUGGGUUUAAGGGAUCCUACCUUUUCUUUAAUUCUCUCUCCAUGCUUAGGGAGAGACAAGAGGAGGGAGGGACAGCCAUGUCUCCAUCGGUCGACGAGAAAUCCAAACACAAUCCUUCGAAUGUGUAUUCCCCAACACAAGUAUAUCCGGCAGACCCUCCUCCCUAUCAAGAGCUUGCGCCACCAUAUCAUGGCGGUCCUAACCAUCCAUCGUCCAAUGAAAUACCAUUCCCGACCACUGUGUCCAAACGGAGCAAUAUGUUUGCUCGCGUUUUGCUUUGCCUUACAGUUGCAUUAAUCUUCGGUGCAUGCCUCUUGGGCCUCCUAUUGUGGUUUCUUUUCAGUUCAGACGUUCCCCAUUUUGAAAUCCAAACGUUUUCCAUUCCCAAUUUCAACUUCACCAAAUCAGCGUUAAAUGCUAAUUGGGAAGCCGGGUUGAACUUGAAGAAUCCUAACACUAAACUCGUUAUUUCAUUUGAUCAAACCGAAAGUAGCCUUGUUUACAAGAACUUCAUUCUUGAUACAUACUUAUUCGAUUCUUUUCAAGUGGAGAGAGCAGAAGAAAUCCAUAUGGAUACCGACUUUUUCGUGCCUGCUUCUGAUGACACAUAUUAUAACACGACUGAAGCCCCGUGGGUGAAAGAUAUGAUUGAAGAACGACGUAAAGGAAGCAUGGUUUUUGAAGUGAGGAUAAUAACCACUGCUACAUUUAUGGCUGGGGAGUUUUGGAGAAGACAAAUAACUUUGGAAGUUGCCUGUGUGGAUUUAAAGGUAGAUUUUCCUGCUCCAACGGGUGGAGGAACCUGGAAUGGUAACAGAAAAGAUUGUAUGCUGUUUAAAUAAUUAAAACUUUUCUUCUUUUUCUUACAGCAACUAGCUUUGAACGGGUCGAGAAAGAUGCAGUUUACUUACGUGUCAAGACCUUAGUUUCAUCUUUAAAAGGUCAAACUUGUUAAGAGACCUCAGUUGGAUCGAAUUACUCGUUUGAGUUUAAUGAACUUUAAUACCAUGUUAAGACUUGAAUUUAUCGUAAGAGGUCAACCUUGUUAAGAACAAUAAUCCAAAUCCUUGUUUAUUAAUUUAUAAUUCGAUAUUUAAACAAUGUGU